CACUGAGCUUUUUAGCAGCCUGAGUUAACCGGCCUUUUUAGAGUUGCUAAUGGGAACCUACCGGUAAGUCUAGGCUAGUGCAUCCUUGUAUAUAUGCAUACGGAUAAGGACCGUCAGGCCCACUUUUCUCGUGCUCUGUUCGCGGUUGAAUUUGACAAGCAUGUGUUUUGAGCACUCUGUCGAACCAUACACAGGAGAGUAAGGUGGCCUUGUCACGCUCCUAAAAUUAGUCCCCUGAUCACUCCCCUUUCGUGAUAUUCUGCUUCUUGAUCAUGCGGUUUCCCUGAUAAUUCUCUCUCUGCUGCCGUUGGUGAUGCAACCAGCUUUUUUCCCCUUCGCUAACCCCAGAUGCACUCGCUGCGAGCCACUGCCGUAGCUCGACGAGCCUGAGCCAACAUGUGGAGGCGGACCUAUCUUUUCUUGGUUCUGGUUCGACUGUGGUUUGCUCUGUCGCCCAGCUAUCUCCACCCCGACGAGAACUUCCAGGGCCCAGAGGUCAUCGCUGGACAGAUCUUCAGCUAUCCCGUCCGUCAUACCUGGGAAUUCACGAAUGAGCACCCCAUCCGAAGCGUCUUCCCUCUCUGGCCCGUCUAUGGGCUGCCCAUGCUGCUCUUAAGGUGGUUGUGGAUAGGGAACGGAAAAGAUGGCGACAUACCGCCGAUAGCGGUGUUCUGGACGUUGAGGGUGCUCAUGUUCAUUAUCAGCUUCGUCUUGGAGGACUGGGCAUUACACGAACUUAUCCAGUCACCACGCCAUCGACGCGUCGCUGUGCUUCUGGUUGCUUCUUCAUAUGUCACUUGGACAUAUCAAACACAUACCUUCUCGAAUUCGGUGGAGACAUUGGUUGUAGCUUGGAGUUUAGUGCUCAUCCAGCGUAUCGCGGAAAGCCCUCAACAAUCUUCCUUUCUGGCCUCGGCGAUCCUUGGAAUCGUCGUGGUGUUUGGCGUGUUCAACCGGAUAACAUUCCCGGCGUUCUUGUUGAUUCCCGGUAUUAGAUUGAUACCCUACUAUUGGAAUAAACCUUUGUCCCUUGCCACGAUGGUGAUAUCCAGCCUCUUCACCACUUUGCUUGCGAUAGCGCUGGAUACGGCGUUUUAUGCUCCCCACUCUAUCUCCUUCGCCGACCUCCUUUGGCAUCCGGUGAUAACACCUCUGAACAACCUUCUAUACAACGUGUCCCCGGCCAACCUUGCCCAGCAUGGACUUCAUCCAUGGUAUCAACACCUUCUGGUCAACCUUCCACAGCUUAUUGGGCCUGCGGCAGUGCUUCUCUUCACCCAGCCGCACCUGUCGUUACGUCUCUAUUCGGCGAUCUCUGGCCUCUUUGUGCUGUCUAUCGUCCAGCACCAAGAGGCCAGGUUCUUACUCCCCACCAUCCCUCUCAUCCUCUCGUCUGUUCAGCUUCCCAAACGGCAAGCGAUACUGCGGGUCUGGCUGGUAUCGUGGAUCGUCUUCAAUUCCGCAUUUGGCCUGCUGAUGGGCGUCUAUCAUCAGGGCGGAAUCGUGCCCGGACAGGUGUUCAUGAGCAAGCAGCCCGAUGCAACGCAGGCGAUCUGGUGGAAGACGUACAUGCCGCCGAUCUGGCUGCUCAACGGCAAGAACGAGGUCCUGAAAACCCGGGAUGUGAUGGGCAUGAAGGGCGAGGCUCUUCUCGAGGAGCUGUGGGAGUUGGCCACUUGCGACACACCUGCGGACAGGAGGAGUAACGAGUACCUUAAGGAGCAUAACGGGACCUAUCUCAUUGCACCGCUUUCGGCAGACUGGCUGGAUCCGUACCUACCGAAUAAAGGCCUAGAGGGUCUCAGGUUUCGAGAAGUUUGGAGGUACAAACAGCACUUGAAUUUAGACGAUCUCGACUUUGCGGAAGACGGGGUUUGGAAUACCUUGGCACGGGUCGUGGGAAGAAGAGGUCUUGCUGCUUGGAGGGUCACAAAGAGCUGUCCGGGCUGGAAAAGGUAGCCAUAAUACAGUGUGGUCCGGAGUAAUAAUGUCUAUGAAAUACCAAUGAAGAAGUCGAAUCCGUG